AUGCCCCCCAAGGCCAGAGCAAGCGCGGCGGCGCGCACGGCCAAACCCAUCACCAAGCAGGACGAGCAACGCAAGAAGACCAACACGCAGGCCAAGCAUAUCGAUGACCUCAAGAAGGGCAACGUGAACCAACGCGCCCUGCUGUCGGAUACCCGCAAAACGGCCCGCACGAGGGACAACACCACCCAAAGGUUCGCGAAAUGUACGGAUCGGGCGGCAAAGCAGCUCAGGCGCAAAAAGGAAAGGAAGCGCUACGAGGCGUGGGAGCAGGAGGCCAUGGGGCGCUACGACGCGUGGAAGGCGAGCGACGACGGCAGCGGGAGCAUCCAGCCAAGCAGCGACAGCAGCGCCAUGGAUGACGAGGGCCCCAACGACCCGACGAAGACCACGAAGACGAGGGCCGCGCAGGCGGGCGGCCCCCUCGUCGACUUCCGCCCGCAGUCGGAGAUCUCCAAGCUCCUCGACGCGGACGACGACAAUAUCUUCAGCGAGCUCAAGUGA